AUGGUCCGCACCAAGACUUUCAAGGAGGAACACCCGCUCGAGAAACGCCAGGCUGAGGCCACAAGGAUUCGCGAGAAGUAUCCCGACAGGAUUCCGGUCAUCGUCGAGAAGGCGGAGAAGAGCGACAUCCCUGACAUUGACAAGAAGAAGUACCUGGUGCCAGCAGACCUGACCGUGGGCCAGUUCGUGUACGUCAUCCGGAAGCGCAUCAAGGUCAGCCCCGAGAAGGCCAUCUUCAUCGGGGAGAGCACCUUUGGCUGCUAG